CUUAUCUGCAGUCAAUUAGCUGAAGAAUGUGGCGGGUCGUCGGCUAUAUAAGAGCUCGUUCCUGAUGCUUCCGCAAAAUGUGGCUCAAGCUUUUAAUCUGGCUGGCGGCUCUGAUCCAAUUGCUGGCUGGCGCUCCAAGCGAACUGUUGGGCAAAAUCUUUGGCGGCGAGACGGCAUCCAUUGCUGACUAUCCGUUUCUGGUGAACAUACGACGUGGCAAACAGUUUAGAUGCGGCGGCGCACUCAUCUCGCCCAGAUGUGUGCUGACAGCCGCCCAUUGCCUGGAGAGGCGUCACCAGCAGGUGCACGAUUUGUUUGUGCACGCCCAGCAACAGUGCCUGGACGAUCCAACGCCAGAGGCGCAUGUGCGCCAGGCCUGGUUCGCUUGGGUACCGCCCAAAUACCAGCCAGGACGUAGCCUGGACGCGGAUCUGGCGGUUAUCAUACUGCGUCAACCCUUUGACAAAUCGGCCAAGGCCAGCACGGUUCCCGUUGACUUCAACGAGCUGCCCGAAGGUGCCAAUCUGACGGUCGUCGGCUGGGGCAUGACCAGCAAUGAGGAUCAUAAUUGGAAUCAAUGCCUGCAGGCGACCAAUGUCAGUCUGGUGCCGCAAUGUGAUUGCAUCCAGCAAAUGGGCAAGUAUCUACCCGUCACGAACAAUAUGUUCUGUGCCCUGGGCGCAAAUUCCACCGAUGCCUGUGCCGGCGAUUCCGGAGGUCCCCUUCUGUACGCGGGUCGUUCUGCCGGAAUUGUAUCCUGGGGCUACGGCUGUGGCUCCGGCUUACCUGGCGUCAAUACACGCCUCAGCAGCUUGACGAUGACCUGGUUCCUGAAGAGCUUUAUAGAGCAGCACUGCUAA